ACAAGCCCCACCCUCCAGACUCUGCGACUGACUUUCUCUUCUCCUCCGGCUUUGCUGUUUUCUGCCCUCUUUCUAACAUGGAAGCAACAUGCCUAGUUGUCCUGCUCAGGUUAUGUGUCCAGAUAUUAGCCCUCCCUGCUUACUUGCUGUGGUACCUGGGUAUCUGGGAACCACUUUGCAAGAAGUUAUAACCCUACGUCAUGGCUGUGGUGACCAUCAGUUAUAAUAAGCGAAUGUCUGACAAGAAAAAGGAAAUGUUCGGCAACCUGAAGGACUUUGCCGGUCCCACGGGGGCCCUCACACUGUUGGAGAUUGGCGCAGGAACUGGCUCCAACUUUCAGUUCUACCCUGCGGGAUGCAAAAUCAUAUGCACUGAUCCGAACCCCAACUUCCAGAAGUUUCUUGACAAGAGCCUGGCUGAAAAUCCACACGUGCAGGUGGAAUGCUGUUUGGUGGCUCCGGCUGAGGACCUGCACCAGGUACCAGCUGCAUCGGUGGAUGUGGUGGUUUCAACGCUGGUGCUAUGCUGUGUGAAGAGCCCGGAGCAAGUUAUGAAAGAAGUUCUACGGGUGCUGAGACCGGGUGGCGCUUUCUACUCCCUAGAACACGUUGCAGGUGCUCCUUCCAGCUGGAGUCUCUUCUGGCAGCAGAUCUAUGAUCCAACUUGGAGAUGUCUGUUUGAUGGGUGCCACUUGGCCAGAGAAACCUGGAAUGACCUGGAAAAUGCUGGCUUCUCAGAGCUGAAGCUGCGGCACAUAUGUGCCCCUUUAAAAUGGCACCCUACUAAGCCGCAUAUCAUAGGUUAUCCAUGCAGGUGUCUCCAUGCAGGUGUCUCUGGGUUGGGGUGUAGAACCUAAUCAUGAGAAUUAUAGGACAGCCCAUCACUAUGUCACCUAUGGCCUGUGAACCUCUUGUGCAAUCUGUAAUCGGACGCACACACAUGUAUGUUACUGUCAAUCCAUUUUUUAUUUCCACUUGACAGACUGUCCAGCUACCUUUACUUUCCACAAUCCAGCUGCUCCCAUGCAGAUGUGAACGUUGUGAUAACACAUAGCUUGGGCUUGCCUCAUUCACUUCCACGUGAGGAUGCAUGUACUACCAUUACUAUUUCCCCUGGAAGCAUCUGAUCCCCAUGGAGGUUGGGAUAUCAGAAGAAGAAGAAGAGUUUUGACUUGAUAUGUU